GAUUCGUUUGGAGUUUGGACUUCCUUCCGCCUCCCCGACCGCGGCUGUUGCAACGAUCCAACCCCACCUCCCGCCGCCACCGCCCCCGCCCCCACCCCCGCGCCUUCGUCGUCAAGGCCGGGGUUCCUGCGGCCGCGUCUCCCUCCCCUCGCCCGUACCCACACUUGAUUAACGUGUCAGCUCGCUACCGGAGGCCCUCGCCAACUCGACUCGUACUCCCGUUCCCGGCGGCGAUCCGGCCGGCACCGGAACCCUAGGGUUCCAACGAAGCAGCGUUAUUUCUGGGUUCCAUUAUAGGAAAUUAGGAAUGAUGAGUCAUCAACAGCAAAUUGCCCCUCCUAGUAGGGGUUCUGUGAAUGGAUUCCCCCAUCUAAAGCUGGAUAGGGUGGGUAGUGGAAGGCAUGAAAGUAAAAUCGUGAGGUCAUCAUCUGGCGGUUUUACCAAUUCAGGAAAUGACAUCAAACUAGGGCAUGGAAGCCAUUCGAGGGACCGACUAAUCUAUGUUCUAACACAACUUAUUGGGCAUCAUGUCAACGUGCAUGUGAAAAAUGGCUCUAUAAUAUCUGGAAUUUUCCAUGCAACAAACUCUGACAAAGACUUCGGAGUAGUCUUAAAAAUGGCUCAGGUCAUAAAGGAUGGUUCUGCCAGAGGACAAAGAUUUGCUUCUGAUGUUGUAAAGAAACCUGAGACUAUGAUAAUACCAGCAAGGGAGCUUGUACAAGUUUUUGCCAAGGAUGUAGCACUUGGCGGUGAUGAGCUGCCAAAAGGUCCUGGUCAUGACAAAAGGAAGGACUUGCUGAUUGAUUCUGCCAUUUCCCGCUCUCAUUACCUUGAAGAGAGGGAACUUGAGCGCUGGGCACCAGAUGAAGGAGAUUCAGAGUGUAUCGAACUGGAGAAGUAUGACAGAAAGGGAAAUAGGAGCUGGGAUCAGUUCGAAACCAAUGCAGCCUUGUUUGGGGUAAAGAGUACAUUCAAUGAAGAAAUUUAUACCACAAAGCUUGAGAGAGGUCCUCAUAUGAGAGAGCUUGAAAAGCAUGCUUCGAGAAUAGCUAGAGAAAUAGAAGGAGAAGAUACCAAAGAUAUUCAUCUUGCAGAGGAGAGAGGCUUAUUCCUGGGUGAUGACUUGGACCAUGAUGAAGAGAUAAAAUAUUCAGCAGUGCGUAGAGACACCGAUAACAGCAAGUACAAGCCACCAUUUACUAAUGUCCCAAGCAGUACAUACCAAGUUGAUUUGUUUAACAGGACAGUCAAUAUUGUUCCCAAGGAUUUGCUGGGAUGUUCAUCAACAAUGGAUGAAGAAUCAUCAUCCCACAUAUUUGAUGAUAUUGAUGCAUCUGCCACUAUUCAAACCAAUAGCGUUAGACAGCCAACAUCUGAUUACCUUCCAGAUAGACUCUCGUCCAAUGAUGAAAACAGGUUGGACAGAAAGCUGAGCAAAGGGAGUAAUGAAAAUAUGGAUAAGAGAAAGUUGCAACCUGAGAAUAAUUUAUCUGAUGGUGCAAGACCUCUUAUUUCUGAAGGGUCGGAUGGGCCACCCUCAAGUUCAUAUGCAUAUGAACCCUCAUCUUCUGGCCAAGGAUUCAAAUCUCCAGAAACACCUGAUUUGACAGUAUCUGUCAAACAUCCUUCUAAGACGGAACAUGUGAUUAACUCUCAAAGACCUGGUAGUUCAACAUCGUCAACAUCAGAGCGCAUUGCUGCAAACUCAGCUGCGAGUGCUCUUGGCUUGUCACCAAGCUCUUCAAUAGGAUCCCUUACCUCUGAAAAAUCAACUUUGAACCCUAAUGCUAAGGAAUUCAAGCUAAAUCCUAAUGCCAAGAGUUUCACUCCGUCAGCAUCUUUGAGGCCACCACACCCUGCAUCAUCUGAUGCAUCAUAUUACUAUACUAAUAACAUUCCAGCAGCACCACUUGGACCUGGUUUGCCAGUGGGCAUGGGGUUCCCACCGGCAUAUGGCACCCAGCCUGUCAUGUAUAAUGCUCAACCUGGAGCAUCACAGCAGGGUUACAUGCAUCCUGUUGGUCUACAGUAUGGGCAGCAGAUGAUGAUGGGAGGAGGGCAGAAUCGUCCUGUUUAUUAUUAUGCGCCUGAGAUGCAACAAUACAGAGGAAGAAACUUCUAGAUAUACUAUUUUGAACUGCUGCUAGGUGAAAGUCACAACAAUCCCCACAAGUGGGAUAAUGACCCGGCAAAAGCCGCUAUUAGAAUGGAAAGAACUGGUGAUGAUCUCCCUGACUGUCGCUCCGAUUCCUUGGACAAAAAGCCCCAUCGACUUUGUGUUGCUUGGUUGCCUGGUCAAAAAGCUCUUCAUUGUUCUGUCACUGUUGCUCAGAAGCAGGUUGACUGGAUUUUUUUUAUGUUUUUUGUCAGACUUCUGUUGUAAAUUAAAUUGUGGGUCAUCUGUUCGACCCAGAAAUGACAUUCAUAAGGGCUAGUGUGGUGACAGAAAAUUGAAGGGGAUCCAUAGAAGAGAAUCCACUUGCUAUUCAAUUUUGAAUAGCAAGUGGAUUCUCUUCAUGGAUCUAUUUUAAUUUCUCGGUCACCAAAUCAGUCCUAAAUGUUUGAGAUUGCCCCAUAUUACAUUUAUGUGUUCUUUGACGCUUGUUCUAAUGUAAACUUUAAAUGGAAUUCUCAGCUGAAAUGGAUUAAAAUUGCUGA